AUGCUGCUGUCCGCCAAGCAAGGAGGAUUGGAGAUCAAAGUCGUCUACCACGAUGACGUUGAGAAUGUUGAAAAUGAAGGAUCAACGUCGGGAUUGGAGUCUUCAAUAUCCGAAGAAGCUGUCAAGUUUUACAUUUGUUUGGUUUGUAUAUGUAUGGUAAAAUGUUCCAUCUCGUCGGUAUUGUGGAGUGAACAACCACAGACCCAUAUGCGUCAUGACAGAAAAGAUGGCAUAGAUGAGAAAAGCUGCGCGGAACAUGGAUCUGUUCAAGAUCAUGCACAAGAUUCGCAACCGAACUUCCACAUGAGUCUAGCCGAAGUUUGGCAAAACGUGACUCAACACGAGAGGAAAAUUUGGAGUGAACGGUGCGCCAGAGUGAAGAAGCUGGAGAAGGAGCAGUUUGAAAAGGGAUGGAUUUCGGCACAGACGGUGCAUAAAGUUAAAUUCCUCUUUUCCGAAACUUUUUAUGUUUAUCAAGUCAUUCUGAUCACUGGUUACGCGAACAGCAGAUGUGACAAGGAUCCACUGAUAAAGAUCAACUUGCUCCAGAAGUUUCCACAGAACGUUCGAGAAGAUCCGAACAACGGCGGUCGUCUCAUUUUCCCUGCCAAGUUUAACUUUUCAAAUGGAUAUGUAACAUGA